UCACACCCCGACAACAUUAGCGGUGUGCUGAACUAACACACAAACUUUAUCACUGCUUUAUAUAGUUAUGUUCAUAGUCUUGACGAUAAAGAUAAUCCACCUAGAACGAUGAACAAGAAGGGAUUGCGAAAAAUUUCCAUAGGACGAUCAGUAGUCCCAGUGUUAGCAGAACGAGAAGGCAGAAUACACUGGGGUCAUGAGGACGUGCUCAACUUGGUGGCUGAGGUUGGCGAGCACUGGCAUGAGCUGUGCAAUGGUCUACGCAAGAAAAAGUUUAUUUGGAAGGAUAUUGCGAAAAAAUUGGUUCACGAUGGAUUUCCGGUCACGGGUCUUGACUGUGACCGCAAGUGGAGGAACCUGAAGAUUCGGUACAUGGCAGUCCUUGAGAAGCAAAUGAACGGGGAAAAGACUGGGUAUCGGAUUGACUAUUUUAGCCAUAUACACGCUUUCCUCAAAGAUGACCCAGACACCCAGGCCUUCUUAGAUCAGAGACGGCUCCUGCUAGAUACAAAGGAUACAGAAGGCCACGAUGAUCUCGAUGAAGACUUCUCAGAUAUCACCUCUGAUGGUCCCAUGGAAUGGACUGACAGGUCGGUUGAGCUGCUGCUUGACAUAUUGUUGGAGUUUAAAGAUUGGUUCAGUGAUAAAGACCCAAACCGUGAUGACAGUUCUAUCUGGGAG